UGGGGGGGCAUCGCCCCAGAAGCCCCCCACAUGGCUCGGGAUAAGGAGAAGCGGAGCUGCGGGCAGAGGUUGGCCGAGUGGCGGGCCUUCGUGUGGGACCCCCGGAGCCGCCAGUUCCUGGGCAGGACGGGCACCAGUUGGGGCCUGAUCCUGCUCUUCUACCUGGUGUUCUAUGGGUUCCUGGCCGGGCUCUUCGCUCUCACCAUGUGGGUGAUGCUGCAGAGCGUCGACCCCCACGUCCCCAAGUACCAGGACCGCCUCGCCACCCCCGGGAUGAUGAUCCGCCCGCGCGCCGAGGGGCUGGACGUCACCUUCAACGUCACCCAGAGCCAGACCUGGCGUCACUACGUCCGCGCCCUCCACCAGUUCCUGGAGCCGUACAACGACAGCGUCCAGGCCGCCCGCAACGCCGCCUGCCCCCCCGGGCGCUACAACGAGCAGCCGGACGACAGCGUCCCCAACUACCCCAAGCGCGCCUGUCGCUUCAACCGCUCCCUGCUGGGACCCUGCGCCGGGCUGGCGCCCGCUGACGACUACGGCUACGGCGCCGGCCAGCCCUGCGUCCUCCUCAAGGUCAACCGGGUCAUCAACUUCUUCCCGGGGAGGAACAAGAGCAUCAACGUGGUCUGUGCGGCAAAGCGACCCCGGGCCAAGGGCGUCCCGGGACAGACGGCCGCCAGCCGGGAGGAGGACGCCGCCCUCCUGGGCCCCCUCCAGCUCUUCCCCCCCAACGGCACCAUCGACCUCAUGUAUUUCCCCUACUACGGCAAGAGAGUCCACGUGAACUACACGCAGCCGGUGGUGGCGGUCCAGUUCGCCAACGCCACGGCCAACGUCGAGCACCACAUCGAGUGCCGGCUCAACGCCGCCGGCCUCCGCACCGACGACGAGCGCGACAAGUUCGCCGGCCGCGUCGCCUUCCGCCUCCGUAUCAAUCGCGACUGACAACCCCCCAUCCCCUCCCCCAAACCCCCUUCCCCACCCAUAGCCCGCCCCAACAUCCUCGCGCCGCCUCCCCCCCUUGAGUCGGGUCUAAUCCCCCUCCUUCCACCCUUCCAGAUGCUCCUAAUAUAAGAAUAAUAAAUGUACAUAGAUAUUUUUUAUAUUAUAUAUAUAUUAAACGAUGCAGUAGGGCCCUGGCUUCUCCCCUCCCUCCCCUCCCGCCCCCAAAUACCCACGUUUUUGCCCCAAAAGUUGCCUGUCCUUUGCUUAGGAAUGCCGAUUCAGGGCUUGCUUUGGUGGCGGCCAAGUGGGGUUUGGGGUUUGUUUUUUUUGUCUUUUUAGGUGUCUUUUGGGGUUUUGUAGGUAGGUCGGGUGAUGUAGGGGAAGGGCAAGAUGGCCGCUGGGCCGCCUGUCGAGAUGGUCACUGUUGGUUGAGUGGAUAAGGAACAAGAUGGCUGCCCUGCACUAGGGUGGCUGUUGUUGAGCGGUGGUUGAGGUCAAGAUGGCUGCCAUUGGUUGUCUAGAUAGUGAGCAAGAUGGCCGCUGCUGGUUGUAUGGCUAAGGAGCAAGAUGGCUGCCACACUACGUGACAGCGUGGCUGUUGUCGAGCGGUGGUUGAGGUCAAGAUGGCUGCCAGGGUGACUGCUGUUGGUUGUAUAGGUCGAGAGCAAGAUGGCUGCCACGCUAUGUGGCAGGGCGGCUGCUGUUGGGCAUUGGUGCGGCAUAAGAUGGCUGCCAGCCUUCCAAGAUGGCUGGCAUCGGUUGUAGAGGUCAAGGACAAGAUGGCUGCUGUGCUGAUUGGUAUUGUAAAGGCUGCCUUUGGUUCUGUAGGCGUCAUGGUGGUGGGACCAAGAUGGCCACCAGCCUGCCAAGAUGGCUGCCGUUGGUAGUGUAGAUCAAGCGCAAGAUGGCCGCCAUUCUAUGGAACAUGGCAGCCAUUGUUGUGCAUUGGUUGAGAUCAAGAUGGCUGCCAUUGGUUGUGUAGAUCGAGAGCAAGAUGGCCGCCGUCCUGGGCAUCAUGAUGGUUGCUGUUGUGUGUCAUUUGGAAUCAAGAUGGCCGCCAGCUUGCCAAGAUGGCUGCCAUUGGCUGUGUAACUCAAGGGCAAGAUGGCCGCCAGACUAGGCGAUGUGGUGGCUGCUGCUGUCACUUGGGAUCAAGAUGGCUGCCGCUGCCUGUGCAGAUGAUGGCCAAGAUGGCCGCCAAUGCGGUGGCAGAGCAAGGCCGCCAUUGGCUGAGCCAACCAAUAUGGCCGCCGUUGUGUAACUGAAGGCCAAGAUGGCCGCCCACGCGGCGGCAGAGCAAGGCCGCCAUUGGCUGAGCCAACCAAUAUGGCCGCCGUUGUGUAACUGAAGGCCAAGAUGGCCGCCCACGCGCAGCAGAGCAAGGCCGCCAUUGGCUGAGCCAACCAAGAUGGCCGCCCACGUGGCAGCAGAGCAAGGCCGCCAUUGGCUGAGCCAACCAAGAUGGCCGCCCACGCGGCGGCAGAGCAAGGCUGCCAUUGGCUGAGCAGGCCAAGAUGGCCGCCGUUGCCACGCCCACGGCCCAAGAUGGCGGCUGUUGGCAGCCAUUUUGGCUCCCUGUUGCUAAUGAAGACCAGGCCCGGCAGCCAUCUUGAAUUCUGCCGUUGCCGUGGCAACUUGGUCCGCCAUCUUGGAUCCUAUUGCCUGUAAAAGGGGCCGGCGGCCAUCUUGGUCCGCCAUCUUGGAUCCUAUUGCCUGUAGAAGGGGCCGGUGGCAACUUGGUCCGCCAUCUUGGAUCCUAUUGCCUGUAGAAGGGGCCAGUGGCAACUUGGUCCGCCAUCUUGGAUCCUAUUGCCUGUAGAAGGGGCUGGUGGCCAUCUUGGUCCGCCAUCUUGGAUCCUAUUGCCUGUAAAAGGGGCCGGUGGCCAUCUUGGUCCGCCAUCUUGGAUCCUAUUGCCUGUAGAAGGGGCUGGCGGCCAUCUUGGUCCGCCAUCUUGGAUCCUAUUGCCUGUAGAAGGGGCCAGUGGCAACUUGGUCCGCCAUCUUGGAUCCUAUUGCCUGUAAAAGGGGCCGGUGGCCAUCUUGGUCCGCCAUCUUGGAUCCUAUUGCCUGUAGAAGGGGCUGGCGGCCAUCUUGGUCCGCCAUCUUGGAUCCUAUUGCCUGUAGAAGGGGCCGGUGGCAACUUGGUCCUCCAUCUUGGAUCCUAUUGCCUGUAGAAGGGGCCGGCGGCCAUCUUGGUCCGCCAUCUUGGAUCCUAUUGCCUGUAGAAGGGGCUGGUGGCCAUCUUGGUCCGCCAUCUUGAAUCCUAUUGCCUGUAGAAGGGGCUGGUGGCAACUUGGUCCGCCAUCUUGAAUCCUAUUGCCUGUAAAAGGGGCCGGCGGCCAUCUUGGAUCCUAUUGCCUGUAGAAGGGGCUGGCGGCCAUCUUGGUCCGCCAUCUUGAAUCCUAUUGCCUGUAGAAGGGGCCGGCGGCCAUCUUGAAUCCUAUUGCCUGUAGAAGGGGCCGGCAGCCAUCUUAGGCCCCCCUCUUACAUUCCCUGGGCAGCCCAGAGCUGUGGUGGGGCCAGCAGCCAUCUUGGCCCCUCCGUCCAUGGCAGCCAUUUUGCGCUGCCGUUCUAAGGGCGGCCAUCUUGGUAGCCAUCUUGAAGCCCUUCCCACUCCCCCUACUAACACACACCCCCCCCCCCCCCAUGCUGCGCCUCACCCCAGCCCAGCAGGGUGACCCCCCCCUCCUCUUUUUUGGGCGGGAAUUGAGUGGUUUUUGGGUCUAUGGGAGGUGAUAAUUCGGGGUGGGGGUGGAGGAACGUCCCCUUGGUAUUAAACCUUUGGUUUUUGGUGGA